AUGUCCGGACGCCGUCUCCUCGACGCCAUCUCAUUCCUCAAUGCGUCCCGCGGCGUUGCGAAAAAGCACAUAGUGCUACAGAGGCAUGCCCUCGACCGCCAUGCGAGAACAUCGUCGUUAACUAAAGAAGCGAAAAACCAAAUCGAGCGGAUUAGCCUUGCGGUACAAGCCGCUUCUGACCUAGCAAGGAAGCUUGAUGAUGGUCCUACACCCGGCUUUACACCGGCAGACCACGACAAUGAAGGAAGUAGGGGGAUAUCCAAAUCCGAGAGCACGAAAGUGGAUGAUAAUACCAGGAGGGAUGGUGCUAAAAUAGAAUCUACGGAAGUGCCGAGUGUUGAUUCGGAGAAAGGCUUUGCGCCUGCACCAAAUGAGACUCUGGACUCGGAAAAGAAAGAAAAACCUACAGCCAAUGAAGAAAAUGGAGUGCCUGACGAGAUGAUGCAACAGCUUUUCAGGAGUCGAAAAGUGACAAGAUCUCUUUUCCAAAAUCAAACUCGUAAGAAUGGGGAAAUUAAUUCUAAAUAUGAUACCAUCCCGGUGUCAAAACCGCAAGCUAUUCGUCCUGAAAUAGCCCUAGAAACUAGGACUCAGGCUGAAGACGUAAAAUCGGAUAGCGCAGAAAAUGCAGAAAGCCAGAGCCAUGUCAAGCAUACCAAUGUUGUCGCACCUCAAGAUUCAUAUCAGAUGGUGCAAUCUCGAGUUCCAUCUUCUCGAAUUGGGCGAUUAUGGGAAUAUGGUGGGCUGGCGACCUCAAUGGCAAUGGGUGUUGUCGGGGCAGGUUUCCGCCGUGCAACAGGAGGCGAUGACUCUGGGUCCUUGCUGCUUAGCCCUGCCAAUAUCGAAAGGCUAGUGGCUAAACUGUCUAAGAUGAGAGGUGCCGCUCUAAAGCUAGGCCAGAUGUUAAGUCUCCAAGAUUCCAAAGUGAUGCCCGAGGCGAUUCAACUCGUGCUUCAACGUGUACAGGACAGAGCAAACUACAUGCCACAGUUUCAAAGGGAUCAGGUCCUCAAGGAUAAUUUAGGCCCUAAUUGGCGAGAUUUAUUCGAGUCCUUUGACGAGGUCCCUAUGGCUGCCGCAUCGAUCGGACAAGUUCACGGAGCUGUUCUAAAGGAAACAGGGCAGCGUGUUGCUGUGAAGGUUCAAUACCCUGGCGUUGCAGACUCGAUAGAUUCGGACCUGAACAAUUUGUCUAUACUUCUAACUGCAUCUCGACUACUUCCCAAAGGACUAUAUCUUGAUAAAACGAUUGCAAACGCCCGGACCGAGCUUGCAUGGGAAUGUGACUAUAUCCGCGAAGCUGAAUGUGGCCGUAAAUUUAAAGAGCUGCUGAAGGACGAUACUGAUGUUUUUACCAUACCCGAAAUUAUACCAUACGCCUCUGGGAAGCAGGUCCUCACCAUGGAACGCUUGGAUGGAAUUGCAGUAACCCGGGUCCAGUCAUUCAGUCAGUCUCAGCGCGACUGGAUAGGCUCUCAAAUUAUGCGACUCUGCCUUCGAGAAAUUGGCGAAUUCAGAUAUAUGCAGACCGACCCGAACUGGACCAACUUCCUCUACAACUCCGCUACCAAUCGCCUUGAACUCCUUGAUUUCGGAGCAUCCCGCGCUUAUCCUGCAGCCUUCAUAUCCUUGUACGUUAGCCUACUUGCCGCUGCAUCCCGGAACGAACGUGAAAAAUGCCGUGAGCUUUCCCAGGAACUAGGCUAUCUCACUGGCUUCGAGUCAGAGGCAAUGGUGAACGCUCAUGUAUCAUCUAUCACAACGAUCGCUGAGCCAUUUAUGAAAUCGUCUCCCGAGGUGUAUGAUUUCAGGGACCAAACCAUCACGGACAGAGUUCGAGAGUUUAUCCCGCUCAUGUUACGCGAGCGCUUAUCUCCUCCCCCUGAAGAAACUUACAGCUUGCAUCGGAAGUUGAGUGGCGCCUUUUUACUCUGUGCUCGGCUUGGUAGUAGGGUAAGGUGUCGAGAUAUGUUCGAAGAGAUGUUGGAGAAGGUAGAAUUUGUGGACGAGAAAUAUAAAGGGAGAGAUGAUAAUAUAUCUCUAACUUAA